ACCAACAUAAUACCUGGGACACAACAAACCAGAGUCGAGGAGCUUCACAACAGAGCAACAGAAGAAAAACCUGCCAAUUAAAAGCUCAUAUAAAUGAACAAAAACAACCAAGGACAUCAUUUUAAAGUGGAUCAGUGACAGCAUGGUGCUGUAGAGACAGCAACUCAUUUCACGCUCCUUCACCAAAGACAGGAGGCUCUAAUUGAGGCGAUCCAGCAACGAAAGAAAAUUGACAGUGACUUCAUCAUGGAUAUUUUUGGCGGUGCUCCGCGUGUUUUGGGCUACCCCCGCCCUGUGCUGGCACAGUGCGGCACAAACGCCACACUAAGGUGCCAAAUUGGUGGUGACCCUCGUCCUGAUGUGAUCUGGGAGCGUAAAAACAUCCAGAUCUUGUCUGAUGGACACUACAAGCUUUCUGAGGAGGGAAAAGCUUACCUGCUGACGAUUACUGGAGUGACUCUGCAGGACGCUGGCCAGUAUAUUUGCAAGGCCAAAAAUAGCGUAGGUGAAACUUAUGCAGCAGCUUCACUCAAAGUGGAAGGAGAGGCCCAGCCACAGGAAGGGGUGCAAACACAAUUAGCAGUCAAUGGUAUGCAGCAAACGAUGAAAGAAAAUGGGGAAUUUUUGGGACACCAGAAUGGCUACACAGUAAGAAAUGGUGAACGCAGACAAGAAAAUGGAGAGGAGCUGAACGGGCACAAGCAGAAACGAGAGGAAGUUGAUUUAAUGUCUGACGACAGACCGCGAUUCCUCAUCAAGCCACUCUCUUUGCGUGUAGAUCGGGGAGAAGAUGCCGCCUUCUCCUGCAAAAUCUGGGGCACACCUUUGCCCGAGGUAACAUGGGAGAAAGACGGGAAGAAGCUGAACGACAUAUUCGAGAGUGCACACUUCAACGUGAGCAAUCAAGAUGGCGGCUGGUUCCAGCUCAAGAUCUACAGGACGCGCAUGCCAGACAAAGGCGUCUACACCUGCAGGGCCGUCAACUGCCAUGGCGAGGCCUUGGCUGGGGCCGUCCUUCUUGUCGAGCCCGUGCCGGAACGAGAGGAGAGUAAAAAGUCGUCAAAUGGUCUUACUAAUAGCCAGUGGUCGCCGAAGCAGAGAAGUGGGAGGUACAGUUUGUCGAGGGUCAUAGAGGAGCCACCCGUCAGCGUGUCUAAAGCCAAGAAGUUUGCAGUGGCAGAGGGGAAACACGCCAAGUUCCGCUGCUUUGUGACGGGGAAGCCCAAGCCCGAGAUCAUUUGGAAGAAAGAUGGGACUCCACUAGAACCCGGGAGGCGUCAUCUGGUGUUUGAGGACAGAGAGGGUUACUACACGCUGAAGGUCCUGUACUGUAAAGUGCAAGAUACAGGACUGUAUGUGUGUGCAGCAUCAAACGCUCUUGGAAACACCCUCAGUGCUGUUCACCUGUCCGUCAAAGGCCCAGCUGUGCGGUUCAGGUGUCCGUUAAGAGACGUAGAGGUGAGGGAGAGGGAUGUCGCCGUGCUAGAAUGUGAAGUUCCUGAUGAGUCGCAACCAUCUGCCUGGUACCUGGAGGAUCAGCGGCUGAUGCCCAGCAGUAAAUACGGGAUGGAGCAGAAAGGAGCUACAAGAAGACUGACAAUCCAUGAUGUUGGGACAGACGAUGAUGGAGUGUAUCUCUGUGAGAUGCCUGAUGGAGCAAAGAGCAUUGCGGAGCUCUCAGUUAAAGGUACUAUUGUUCGUAAACUUCCCCGGAAGUUGGAGGUUCUUGAGGGUGAAAAUGCUGCGUUCUGUGUGGAGGUGGAGAACGAUGAAAUGGAGAUCCACUGGUUCAAAGACGGUUUGAAGCUACAUGAGAGUCACCAGACGAUCCUGAAGUCUUUUGGCAAAACUCACAUUCUGGUCUUUGUCAAUGUGGCCUAUCAAGACUCCGGGGUAGUGACCUUUGUCGCAGGAAGAUCUAAGACCUCGUCACGACUCAAAGUCAAAGCCACAAGACAUUGUCCUCCGAUCUGCCCUGUCGGAGUGAAAAUGGAUGCAGAUCGACCCAACAGUGCCUUGCUCACCUGGGUUCCUGCACCCAACAGCCAGACCUCCACCCGAUCCAUCUUUGUUGUGGAGAGACAGGAAGUGGGCUCCCAAGAGUGGCAGAAGUGUUUCACCUCAGAGACAGCCACUUCAGCUGAGGUCGGUGGUGACAGCGUGCCAUGCGAAGGCCACUACAGGUUCCGUGUCUCUUGCAUGAACAAGUAUGGGCGAAGUGGCCAUGUGGAGUUCCCCAAAGCUGUUCAUCUGGUUCCUGGACCAAAGAUCUUCACUCGGCUCAAAGGCUGUGAGGUUUUGGAAGGAGAAGACGCUCACUUCUCCAUCGAAUUGUCUGCCACAAUGGUUGGAACCUGGUUUCUAAAUAGCGCUCAACUGCAGCAUGGCGGACGUUACACAAUAAAACAGUCCCAAACAAGGCACUCAUUGGUUAUCAAUGAAGCUUGCACCACAGAGGACGCUGCAGAGAUCACGUUCAUCGCCAAUGGAGUUCGGGAUUCAGCUGUGCUCAAGGUUAAACAGGCGGUGGUGAAAUUCAGUCCUCUGUCUGACUUAGACAGCAAGAAGAAGGUGGAAAUUAGUGACCCCAUUGUACUCUACUGUGAAGUGUCCCACCCAUUUGCAAAAGUAUCCUGGUACAAAGAUGGCAAGGAGCUCCAGGUGACUGAUGGCCUCAAUAUCCAGUCAGAUGGGAACAUGAGGAGGAUUGUGAUUGAGUCAGCUGACGAAUCUCACUCUGGAGUUUAUACAUGUGAAACUUCAGGAGAUGUCAUCAAAUUCAAUGUAGACGUUGCAGGUCCUUCUGUGAAGUUCAGUCCGGUCCCAGAAGAGGAGCUCCACAAGAGCAGCAUGGAGCUGGACCCAGUGGUGCUGCUCUGCCAUGUCUCAAGAGAUGAUGCUGAAGUUGUGUGGUAUAAGGACGGCUGUGAGAUCCAGCCCAGUGACAACAUCACUCUGCAGGCAGAGGGCACCAUGAGGAGGCUGAUCAUUCGCUCUGCAGAAGCCUCAGAUGCUGGCAGCUACACCUGCCAGGCUGGAGACAACAACAUGGAGUUUACGGUCAAUGUCAGAGAGCCUCCAGUGAUGAUUGUGGAACCUAAGGAUGAUAUUGUAAUGGAGAGUUAUGUCUCAGAGGAGACCCACCUGCAGUGCGAGUUGUCUCGUUCCGGCGGGAAGGUGCGGUGGUACAAGGACGGCCAAGAGGUCGAGGAAAGCAACAAUGUCCAGUUGAUAUCUGAGGGGCCUUACAGGAGGUUGACCAUCCUCAACAGCUCAGUGGAGGAUGGUGGAGAGUAUGUCUGCGAAACGGAUGGAGACUCUGUUUUUUUCCAGCUUAAUGUCAAGGAGCCACUGGUGAGAAUAAUUUCCCCUAGUGAAUCGGAGGUGGAACUGACCCAGUUGGCCUCUGAAAGGCUGGAGCUCAGCUGUGAGAUCUCCCAGGUGGAUGCCCAAGUCCGAUGGUACAAAGACAACCUGGAGGUAGAGGAGAGUCCUAACUUAAUCUUGGAGGUGGAGGGGGCCCAACGGCGCCUGGUUAUACCAAUAACCACUGUGGAUGACACAGCAGAGUAUAUCUGUGACACUGAAGAUGACUCUGUGGCUUUCCUUGUCACUAUUACAGAGCCACCGGUGACCCUUACUCGUCCUGAAAACAUGCCAGACACACUGGAGAGUUUUGCCGGCAAACCAGUCGUGCUGGAGAUCGAGGUGUCUCGGCCAAACGCUGAAAUCAAGUGGUGGCUUAAUGGCAGAGAAGUACAGGAGAGCAGUAACAUCACCAUCUCAGAGGACGGGUUCAUCCAUCGUCUGACCAUCCACUCCCCAACGCCAGAGGAUUCUGGGAAAUACACUUGUGACGCUGUUGAUGAUAAAAUUGAUUUUCAGGUCAAAGUUUCAGAGCCUCCAGUAAAGAUCCUAAGGAAGUCAGAGAUCAAGACAAAUCUUAAAUCCCUGAUUAGUGAUGACAUUGUGCUGGAGUGUGAGCUCUCCAGAGCCAACGUUGUCGCCAAAUGGUACAAGGAUAACUGUCGUGUUGAGGAUGAUGAAAGGUUCUGCCAAGAGGAAGAAGGGGCUUUCCGCUCAUUGGUCAUCCUCAACGCUGAACUCGGAGACUCAGGAGAGUACUUCCUGGAUGUCGGAGAUGACAGUAUUAGCUUCCAGGUUACAGUAGAAGAGCCUCCAGUGACAAUCGUGGGCAACUCAUAUGACCCUGACUACCAGGAGAUGGUGGCAGGGGACGAGCUGAUCCUGGCAUGUGAAGUGUCCCGUGCCAACGCCCCUGUGCAGUGGUACUUCAAUGACAGGCUGCUUACCAGUGACGACCGGACCUACAUCGAGAGCCAUGGCACUGUGAGGAAAAUUAUCAUCUCAAAUAUCCAGCACUCAGAUUCUGGAAAGUACGUGUGUGAUGCUGGCGGUGAUAAGAUGAUCAGCAUUGUCAAGAUUGAAGUGCCUCGAGUGGUGGAGUUCCUCACAGAGCUCCACAACACCACUGUGCUUGAGGGAGAAGACGCCACUUUCAAGUGUGUAGUCUCUCCGGAGGAUGUCCAGCUGGUCUGGCUCAUGGACAACGAGGCUAUCAACCUGGGGGAUCGUUUCCAGGCCCACCAAAAUGGCCUUUGCCACACAUUGGUUAUCAAGAAGUGCCAGAUGUUGGACUGUUCAAAGAUUACAGCAGAGGCCGAGGGACAAUUAACCAAAGCAAGCCUCAAAGUUCAGGAGGCUCAGAUCAUGUUUGUGAAGAAAAUGGAGGCUGUCAUGGCGGAAGAGUUUGGUGACGCCACCUUGGAGACAGAGAUCAGCCUUGAAACAGGAGAGGUCCAGUGGAUGAGGCAGGGGGUGGUCAUCCAGCCCGGACCCCGACACACUCUAGGCCAAAAUGGCCACAAACGCAGUCUGACCAUCCAAAACCUGAAUCUGUCAGACCGGGGAACCUAUCGCUGUGAGACCCUACAUGACCGGACGCAGGUCAAGCUCAAUGUAGAACCCCGUAAAAUCUCCAUCCGUAAAGGCCUGACUGACCAAGAAACGUUUGAACGAGAGACCGCCUCCUUCGAGGUGGAGCUGUCCCACACGGAUGUGGAGGGGAUUUGGCAGAAGGAUGGCAUCCGGGUGAAACCGAACAACCAGUGGCGGGUGAGCACCAACGGGCUCGUCCAUGGCCUCACCCUGUCCAACCUCACCCUGGAGGACACGGGGACGAUCGUCUUCUCAGCUGAAGGGGUGCGCACCACCGCCAGACUCACUGUCAAAGAGACUCCAGUGUCUAUCCUGAGAGGUCUAGAUGAUGUGCGUGUGGAGGAGGAAUUUCCAGCCACUCUGGAGUGUGAAUUCUCCAGACAAAUCAUCGAAGUUAGAUGGCUCAAGAACGGGACGGAGCUGAAGCCGGGGAAGAACUGCCGGAUCUACUCUAUGGGCCGGAAGCGGUUCUGUCAGAUCCUGCAGUGCAGCCUGGCGGACUCUGGCACCUACACAUGUGACACGGGGGAAAUCAGCACUUCCUGUUCACUGGAGGUUUUUGAACACAAGUUGGAGAUAGUUCACGACCUGGAGGACCUGGACAUCCAGGAGGACCAGAACGCUGUCUUCAUGUGUGAGGUUUCUCUGGAGGACAUCACUGGGGAGUGGUACAAAGACGGCCAAAGGAUCCGGCCCACCACCACCAUCAAGAUCCGCACUGAAGGGACCAAACACUUCCUCCUGAUGUGUAACGUCAAAGCUGAGGAUGCUGGGGAAAUCCGCUUUGUAGCCAGAGAUGUUGAAUCGACAGCUUAUCUCGAGGUAGAAGAACUCCCCGUUUCCAUCCUGAAACCCCUGCGAGAUCGAACAGCCCUGGAGAAACACCGCGUGAUCCUCGAAUGCACCGUCUCCACGCCUCGCGCCAGCGCCGUCUGGUACAAGGGCGAGUCAGAGCUGGCGCCCUCGGACCGGAUGGAGAUCCUGGCCGACGGCUGCUCCCACAAACUGGUGAUCCAGCAGGUGGCUGUGGCGGACGAGGGCACCUACAGUAUCGAGAUUGGGGAGCACACGUGCAAAGCCAAGCUGCUGGUGGAAGCCCAAGCCCUCAUAAUGGUGACAGAGCUGGAGAACGUGGAGGUAUUUGAGUCUGAAACGGCGUGUUUCCAGUGUGAGGUGUCAGUCGCCAUCAGCAAGCCUCCCCUCUGGACUCUGAACGGAGAGACCCUUCAGUCGGGCCCCUCAGUCCGCAUGGAAGACCACGGGACGGUCCACAAACUCAUUCUGAAAGACGCCAGCGUGGACAUGAGCGGCGUGGUGAAGUUUACGAUGGGAAAGGCCAAGAGCAGCGCCGAGCUGACCGUUACUGAGUAGAGAACGAGAGAGAAAAGCAAGUGACUGAGAGAAAAAGAAAGAAAGAAAGAAAGA